CUUUGACAAUAUUUAUCACAGUUGAAAACAAUCUGCCGUUGGGAAACCGCCGCAGAGUUCCAGCCAAUCUUUUCAUCCCUCCUGUGUCGAGCUUCCAUCUGGAUUUUCUUAUUCUUAAUCAACUUCUUGACCACAAUCCAAAACUCUGGGGCUAGGAGCUGACAGAAGUCAAUCAUGGGGCCUCCGGUGCUUUCAUUGGCUCUGCCAUCGGACACUGGAAGGGUCCUCAGUAUUCAGUCUCACACUGUUCAGGGAUAUGUAGGCAACAAAUCUGCAGUAUUUCCUCUCCAACUCUUGGGAUAUGAUGUGGAUCCUAUCAAUUCUGUGCAGUUCUCUAACCACACAGGGUACCCAACUUUUAAGGGCCAGGUAUUAAAUGGACAACAACUGUGGGAAUUAGUGGAAGGCCUUGAAGCAAAUGAUCUAUUGUACUAUACUCAUUUGUUGACAGGUUACAUUGGUUCUGUAUCGUUCCUGAAUACUGUGUUAAAAGUCGUUGAUAAGCUGCGAUCAGUCAACCCAAAACUCACAUAUGUUUGUGAUCCUGUGAUGGGUGAUGAAGGAAAGCUUUAUGUCCCUCUAGAGCUUGUAUCAGUGUACCGUGAGAAGGUUGUUCCAGUGGCUUCAAUGUUGACGCCUAAUCAGUUUGAAGCUGAACAAUUGACGAAUUUCAGGAUUGUAACUGAGCAACAUGGACGUGAAGCUUGCAAUAUUUUGCAUGCUGCUGGGCCGUCAAAGGUUGUGAUAACUAGCAUUAACAUUAAUGACGAGUUACUUCUUAUUGGCAGUCAUCAGAAAGAGAAGCACUUGAAUUUGAUAGGACCAACCUCCCGAGCAGUUCAAGAUUGUGAUACCCAAAAUUCCUGCGUAUUUCACGGGAACUGGAGAUUUGACGACCGCACUUUUGCUUGGAUGGAGUAACGUAAUACUCGCUUCUAAAUGUUUAUUUCAAAUUUUCUCUAGACAAAUUUCAAACUUGUUUCAAUUCGCAUGUUUUGCUUCCAGAAAUACCCUGAUAACCUUGAAAGAGCUGCUGAGCUAGCUGUAUCAAGCUUGCAGGUAUAUGUGUCAAAUUGCUAGUUUUUCAGUUCUUUUGUUCUGUUUUGUUUUUCCUUCAUGCAAAUAUAGCAAUUUUUCCCCACGGUAACCUGACAAAUGGCAUGCAUAUACACUUAACUCCCUAGAGUUGCAGACAUGGACGGUUUAUGACGGGUUUGGUUUUGUAUUCUCUGUUCAGGCGCUUCUAGUGAGAACAGUAAAGGAUUACCAAACGGCAGGAUACGAUUGCCAGUCGAGCAGUUUGGAAAUUCGACUAAUUCAGAGUCAAGAUGAUAUCCGAAAUCCAAAAAUCAAUUACCAUGCGGAACGAUACAAAUGAAGUUGAUGUCACCUGUCGCCUUCAACAUGUUGAAUGUUCAUCCCUUUACAGGCAAACUAAUGAAUGGAUGGAUGGGAAGAAGGGGAAGGCACAGAAGCAAUCCCUCUUUUUAUGAAUUUUGUUUUACCCUUGGUAAUACUACAAAAGGGUAACCAUUGACUGUUGUUCCGACAAUAAGACGAAAGAAAACACAGUAAAUUAAAAGGUAUUGCAGAAAUAAACACAUGAUUUUCCUUGUGGCGGUGGGAACUUUGAUGGAAAUGUAAGAACGUCAGAUUUAUUUAUUAUGUGAUUUUGGAGUUAAAUUUGGUUCCUUUUUGAGCUUCUGAGUUGUGGUAAUUGCCUUUAUAAUUUACCCUUAAUGCUUUCGUAUCUUAACUAGCUUCAUUAAUUUGUUAAAAAUCAUUAUUUUAUGCCUUACAUACUGG